UCAAAUCUUCAGAUAAGCAUGUAAGACACUCUAGUAACAGUAACCAUUCAAAGAUUAGCUUUUGAAGUGGGGUAUCAUUCCAUCAAAUCUUCAGAUAUGUGCUUGAUUUUUGAGUUUUUGUACUUUGUGAAUGUGGAGUAGGUACUUAUGUACAUGUGAAAAGCAUGUGCGCAGCAGCUACGUCUACAUGGGUUUCUUGUUCUUAUCUAAAACUGCAUCCAGCUAUAUGGAAAUGAAGUGAAUUUCAACUAGAGUUUUUCACUUUUAAGAGAAUUUUCUGAUCUUGGGUUGGUGAAUUUUAGCUUCCAUCUGAUUUUCUAACCUUUCCAAGUGUUUAGCUAUUUUCCACGAAAAGCUUAAGGAGCAGUAACCACACAACUUAUUGAUCUGAAUAAAAGAGUGAACUUUGAAGUACUAUUGGUGGAGAGUUAGCCAUAAAAGUCAAGCCCGUGAACUAGUGUUUGUGGUUUAAAUUUAAGAUUAAAUUUAAGGCUAAUUUUGCAAUUUCAAAACUGAAACAGCUAUAUAGUUUUGCUAGAACUUUGAGGCCCUCCUUAUAGCUUGAAGCAAAGAUUAGAGUUUGAGGUAAAUGGGGAGUAAUUUGCAUUUACAGAAGUAUGGAAAUGAGCCACCAGGGGAGGAUGGACAUCCGUUGGCACGACAAUCGUCUGUUUAUUCAUUGACAUUUGAUGAGUUUCUAAGAGGGAGUGGAAAGGAUUUUGGGUCAAUGAACAUGGAUGAGUUGUUAAAGAACAUAUGUAGUGCAGAAGAGAUUGGCGGACAAGAAUUGGGUGUUUCAAGUGGGAAUUUGCAGAGGCAAGGGUCAUUAACUUUACCUAGGACACUGAGUCACAAGACUGUUGAUCAAGUGUGGAAGGAUAUAUCAAAAGAGUAUGAUGGUGGAAAUGAUGUUGGGAUAUCGUCGAAUAUGCCUAGUAGGCAACAGACUUUAGGGGAGAUUACACUUGAGGAUUUCUUGGUUAGAGCUGGUGUUGUGAGAGAAGAGGCACAGUUAGCUGCCAAAGCUAGUAACUUUAGUGAUAAUAAUCUUGGAAUGGGAUUUGGAUAUCAACAGAGCAAUAAGAAUACAACUCUGAUGGCUAGUAGGAACAUUGAUAAUAAUAGUGAAAGUGGUAUUCAGUCUGCUACUUUACCAGUGAAUGUGAAUGGGAUCAGAUCUGUGCAACAACAGCAAGGAACAAUGCAACAGCAGCAACCCCUUUUCCCAAAGCAACCUGGUGUGGCUUAUGGCGCUCCGAUGACCUUUCCGAGUAGUGGUCAAUUAGGCAGUCCAGGGAUGAGGGGUGGUAUUGUUGGUAUAUCUGAUCCAGCAUUUAGUAGUAAUUUAGUACAGGGUUCGGCUCUAACAGGUGGAGGAAUGAGUAUGGUUGGUUUUGGAGCUGGGGGUGUAAUCGGUGCGACAGCAUCUCCAGCGGUUUCAUCAGAUGGACUCGGGAGGAGUAAUGGAGAUACAUCUUCUAUAUCUCCAGUUCCUUAUGUCUUUAAUGGUGGUUUGAGAGGAAGGAAAGGCGGUACCGUGGAGAAAGUUGUUGAAAGGAGGCAGAGGAGAAUGAUAAAAAAUAGAGAGUCUGCAGCACGAUCUAGAGCUAGGAAGCAGGCCUACACUAUGGAGCUAGAAGCAGAAAUUGCAAAACUUAAAGAAGAAAACGAAGAGUUGCAGAAGAAACAGGCAGAGAUGAUGGAAAUGCAGAAGAAUCCGGUUCAGGAGAUGAUGAACCUUCAACGAGGAGCUAAAAGGCGAUGCUUGAGAAGGACACAGACAGGUCCAUGGUAAAAAUGGGGUUCAGGAAUUAGUGGCUUAGCUGCGGCUAUGUUUUGGUGUAGUAAUUAGUGCCUGUACAUAGAGGGAACAUAUUUCCAUUGUAGAUCAGAAGAGAAGAGUUAUCUUUUUGCUAUAGCCUUUUCCUUCUAUAUUUCCAAAGCAUUCUCCCUUGUUGACAAUGUCAUGAAUAAAACUACAGCGAAAGUAGAAUACUUACAUGCUUUGCACAGAUAUACCUAUUGUUUGUUUGUAACUGUAACUCUUUUUAUGAUGUAACGACCCGUUUGGUCGUUAUUGCGUUUU